UUUGUAAAUAUUACAUCGCAAUCUAUAACAGGAAAUGUAAUGUGAAUGAGGGGCUAAGUUUAAAGUACCAGAGGCAUCUGGGGAGGGGAUUAGUGUUCUAUGCUCCGAUCGUGCACCACUGAGACUAAUUGACACAACGUCGACAUAUCACAAUAGAAGAAAGAUAUUAUUCAAUGUAAAAUAUGACAUUUGAAUGACAUUCAGUCAUAUUGCUAACGCUAGGAACGUAAAUGAUGUCAUUCAAGACCAAAAUAUAUCAUUUAAUAUACAAGUGCAAGUAAUGAAAAGGGUCUAUUGAUCUGGAAGAAGAGGCAGCGAAACCUACAGAACUUUUACUUUCUCUUUUCUUUCAAGAAUAAAAUAGGCCUAAAUAUUUAAUAUGCAUAUUAAUAUAUGAGGAGUAGAAACUAAUGAAAGGCCAUAUGUAGAAAAAUACUCAUCAACUGCAUUAGAUGGAGGAUUCAUCAUCUCUAGAUCUUGAACAAAAUGGCCCCGGGGGAAGGGGACCAAUGUUCAAAGUUGUCUUACUAGGGGAGGUAGGCGUAGGAAAAACUAGUUUGUUCAAUAGGAUAAAGGAUGAUACAUUUAAGGAGAACACAAAAGUGACUACAGGAAUUGAUAGCUGUUCUAAGGUUAUGAAUUAUCAUGGACAACGAGUAACGUUGUCCAUUUGGGAUACUGCCGGAGUGGAGAGGUUCCGGACCCUAACGAGGAAUUAUUACCGCAGCACCCAUGCUACAAUUCUGGUCUAUGAUGUCACAGAGCCAUCGACGCUGCACUAUCUCCCUAAAUGGGUAGAUGAUGUUACAGCAUUUUCUCCCAAUGCAAUAAAAGCUCUCAUUGGGAAUAAAAUUGACCUGGAAUCAAAAGUUGAAGAGAAGAGUGAAGAGGACUUCUCAUCUGUGUAUGACUGUGAUAUUGUAUGCAGGGCAUCUGCUUGUACAGGAGAUGGAGUGGCGGAUUUAUUGAAAAAAAUGACUGAAAUGCUGAUGCAGGAAUUCAAGUCAAAACAUAGAAACAACAAUGUGAAUGAUUUAUCAGUCAGACUAUCAGAUCCUAGAAGUGAUUGUGACACAAAGAGCAUGUAUGGUGAUUGUGACACAAAGAGCAUGUAUGGUGAUUGUGACACAAAGCGUACGUAUGGUGAUUGUGACACAAAGAGCAUGUAUGGUGAUUGUGACACAAAGAGCAUGUAUGGUGAUUGUGACACAAAGAGCAUGUAUGGUGAUUGUGACACAAAGAGCAUGUAUGGUGAUUGUGACACAGAGCGCAUGUAUGGUGAUUGUGACACAAAGAGCAUGUAUGGUGAUUGUGACACAAAGCGCAUGUAUGGUGAUUGUGACACAAAGCGCAUGUAUGGUGAUUGUGACACAAAGAGCUUGUAUGGUGAUUGUGAUACAGAGAGCUUGUAUGGUGAUUGUGACACAAAGCUCAUGUAUGGUGAUUGUGACACAAAGCGCAUGUAUGGUGAUUGUGAAACAAAGAGCAUGUAUGGUGACUGUGAUACAAAGACUACAGACAAUCAUUUAAUAAAUUUUGACAAGAAUGUCCGUAAAAUACAUCAUGCCCAUAGCCAGGGGGUUUAG